GGGGACAUCGCUGAGCUGAAGCCAGGACAGGGCACCCUGACGCUGCUCACCAACGAGAGGGGCGGCAUCGUAGACGACCUCAUCAUCACCAACACUUCAGAAGAUCACCUCUACGUGGUGUCCAACGCCGGCUGCACUGACAAGGACUUGGCCAUCAUGAGGGGCAGAGCGGCGGAGCUGCAGGCUGCCGGCAGUGACGUCCACCUGGAGGUGUCGGACAACGCGCUGCUAGCUCUGCAAGGUCCCUCGAUGGCACGGGUGCUGCAGGCAGGGCUGCCAGACGACCUGGCCAAGCUCUCCUUCAUGAACAGCAUCACCACGACGGUCUUCAGCGUGCCGGGCUGCCGGGUCACGCGCUGCGGCUACACCGGCGAGGAUGGCGUGGAGAUCUCGGUGCCCACUGGGCGGGCGGUGGAGCUGGCUGAGCGGCUGCUGGGUGUCCCUGAGGUGUGGCCAGCAGGGCUGGCAGCCAGGGACAGCCUGCGCCUGGAGGCCGGGCUCUGCCUCUACGGCAACGACAUCGACGAGACCACCACACCUGCUGAGGCUGGGCUGCUGUGGACCUUGGGGAAGCGCCGGCGCGCAGCCAUGGACUUCCCCGGGGCAGCCAUCAUCAUGGCGCAAGUGAAAGAGAAGCCGAAGCGCAAGCGCGUGGGGCUGACAUCGGUGGGACCCCCCAUCCGGCCCCACAUGGCCAUCCUGGGCCCCGAGGGAACACCUGUGGGUAGCCAUGGGCUAUGUGGAGGCGGUCCACAGCCGGGCUGGCACCUCACUGUCGAGGUGCGGAAGGAAGCGGUGCACAGCCGGGCUGGCACCGCGCUCACUGUCGAGGUGCGGAAGAAGCAGCACCCAGCCCUCAUCACCAAGAUGCCUUUCGUGCCCACCCAGUACUACAUGGCCAAGUGA